GGAUGCGGAGAAAUAUAGCUGUCAGCGCCUGCGCAAAGCGCUCUUUGCUAGCACUGGCGCUCCUGCUACUUGUACCUUCAGACUACUUUACAAGCACUGAUUCUACAAAUAAAGAUGCAUCGACUCAGUCACAGUCACAACAAGUUGCCUCGGCGGGGCGAACCCAGGGUGCAUGGCGCUUCCUCGCAGCAGCCUCUGCUGCUGAAUUAGCAGAAGGAGAUCAGCCAUACGCGGGAGCAUCAAACCACGAAUCAGCCGAGUUCGAAGAGCUGCUCUCCUCGGCGCGGAGGCUGCAGCAGAGCAAGGCCCGCAGGCCUGUGCGACCCCGGCAAGGCGAGGCACGGAGGCCGACAUACACUUCCAGAGGGCGCACAUGGGGCGCGCUCCCCUACCUAUCCUGACCAACAGGCCGCCGGCGCCGAAGCCUCCGUCGCCCGCGCCGUCGCCUGCGCAACAGCCCAAGCCGGAGCCCCAGAGCAAGCCCAGCCCCAGCCCGGCCGGAGCCGGACCCGUGCGGCCCAACUUCGUCAUCAUCCUAACAGACGACCAGGACCUGCUGCUCAACUCCAGCCACCCCGCCCACAUGCCGCUGCUGCACCAGCACGUGGCGGGGCCCGGGCUGGCGCUGCGCAACUACAGCGUGUCCACCCCCACCUGCUGCCCCUCGCGCCUCAGCCUGCUCACAUCCAAAUUCGUGCACAACCACAACAUCACUGCCAACUACCUGCCGUACGGCGGUUACGAGCGCUUCGGCCAGAUGAUGAUGGCGGGCGCCCAGCAGCAGGGCUCGCAGGGCCCACAGGGGCCCCGGCAGCAGGGCCUCGGGCUGGACUCGAGCUGGCUGCCCACCCAGUUGCAGUCCGCCGGCUACAACACAUACCUGGUCGGCAAGUUCCUGAACGAGUUCACGCCCGCCGGCGCGGCCGGCUGCCCUCGCGGCUGGACGGCGCUUGACGCGCUGGUGGACCCCUGGGUCUACACCUACUUCGGGCCCGUGUUCAGCCGCGACUGCGACCCGCAGCUGCAGCGCUACGCCGACACCGAUUACAGCACAGACGUGAUACGGGACAAGGGGCUCGCAUACAUACGGGAGGCGGUGUCCUCGGGCCGGCCCUUCUUCCUGGAGCUGGCGCCCGUGGGCCCGCACGAGGCCUGCACCCAGGGCGAGUCCGGCCAGUGGUGCGGCGACCCGCUGCCGGCGCCGCGGCACGCCGGGCUGUUCCCCGGCGCCGCCAUCCCCUCCACACGCUCCUGGCUGACGCCGUUCCCGGACCCCGCCCUCACGGGCAAGCUGCAGCCGCCGCAGCGCGCGAGCAACGGCUCCGUGAUUGGGCCUUACCUGCCGCCCAGCGUGCGGCGCCUGAAGCAGCGGCAGCGGGCUCGGCUGCAGUCGCUUCAGGCCGUGGACGAGCUGGUGCGGGACGUGGUGCUGGAGCUGGCGGCCCAGGGCGUGCUGGAGAACACCUACGUCAUCUACAUGUCUGACAACGGGUACCACAUGGGGCAGCACAACGCCAACGCGGGCAAGUACAUGCCCUGGGAGGAGGACGUGCGGGUGCCCUUCUUCAUGCGCGGCCCCGGCGUGCCCAGCGGCCUGGUCAGUGACUACCCGGCCGCAGUGGUGGACGUGGCGGCCACCCUCAUAAACCUGGCAGGCCUGCCACUGCCGGCCGACUGGGACGGCUACCCGCUGCCGAUGCACCGCCUGACGCCGCCCGGAGCGCCGGGGCUGGACCCGCGGCCCUGGCAGUGGGAGCCCAGCGCCGCCGCCACCGCGUCCGGCUACUUCCGUGAGGCGGUCCCCAUUGAGAUGUGGGUCUUUCAGCCGGGCAACUCCUGCCACAAGCUCAACUACCGCAGCGUGCGCGUGUGCUCCAACUACCUGGCCUUUGGUAGCCCCGCGGCCUACCAGCAGGCCAUGGUUGACGCCGUGAACAACGCCGGCAGUACCACCUCCGGCGGCAGCGGCGGCGCGGCCGCGGGCUCCACUCUGGGCCUGGGCACGCUGCUGUUCGGGGCGGCCAGCCGCGACGCCGCGGGCGACACGCUGGGGACCAGCCUGGCGCCGCUGCUGAGCGCCCAGCAGCAGCAACAGCAGGGGCAGCAGCAGGGGCGGCAGCAGCAACCGGCCGUGGGCACCUGCUACAAGUACAACAUCUGGUGCUGGGGGCCGCGGGAGCUGUACGACAUCGGCCUGGAUCCCUACGAGACGCAGAACAGGUUCUCCGACCCCCAAGCUCAGCGCCUGAUCGGGCGGCUGGACGCACUACUCAACGUGAUGGGCUACUGCCGCGGCGCCCGCUGCCGGGAGGCGUACGGCGCCAUCCUGGCUACAGCCGCUGCCGGCAGUAGCAGCAGCAGUAGCAGCAGCCCUGGUAGCAGCAAUGUUGCUGGCGGCAAGAUGGUGGUGGCAAACUUCUCGGACCUGAUGGAUCCCAAGUACGACACGCUGUUUGCGGAGCUGCCGCGCUUCCAGUUCAAGAAAUGCAGCCCCGCGCUCAUACCCUCGCUGAACGAGGCGGCGUGGUACCGCGGGGAGUAGUUGGCUGUGGGGCCCUGGCUCGCCAAGCAGCCAAGGGGCUUCGCACGGUUGGAGGUGUGGGGCGUUCCAGGGCGUUGCAGCGCAGCGCACGCGUUAGUCGGAGAAGUACCAACUGGUGGGAAUGGAUGGACGAACACGGUAAGGGCUUAAAUGGGUGGUUGGGUCGUGCCCUCGUGUGCGAGAGGGUUUGCGAUUGGAGUUGAUCACAUCAGGUUACCGCAUCACACUUCGCCGGGAAUGCUGGGGGAAAUGUUGUGUACGGUACGCACGUCACGUGCCGUUGAUACUGUAUGUUGUUCCUGAAUUCAUGUUCGUAUUGAAAUGUUGACCCCUGCUUGAAGCGAACACGUCGCCGAGCAGCUUUAUUGCGGGCAAGCCAGUGCGCGGACACGCCCGCAGAGAAUGCGGGUGUGUCAGAACCAAACGGACGUUUUGCACCGUGACGAUGACGCGCGGUCCCCAUACCCUUUGUGCGUUGAUUUAUAUUCAUCACUCGUCAGAAGUAUAUCGGCGCGGUCAGGUAAUGUGUGGUGAUGCUGCGGCUGUGACAGUCAGCAUGGCGCGGCUGAGGCAACGUGUAUGUGUAUAAACGCGCAAGUACACGGGAGUAGGCUAGUGGGCCCUUGAGUGGGCCGAGCAGACCGUGCCUGUAUCCGUUGCCGGCAUCACAAGGACGAGCGGUCGGUUGCUAUGGUGGCGUGCCGGCAUAACGGUUGGACGCUGAGCCGAUAUGUGCCUGGCCCAUACCUGGCCAUGGCACGGGUCCCGACACGGGCUGCUCGCCCGGCACCCAUGCGGCUGCCCAUGCCGCUACGAAUGCACAGGCCGCAAGGCAUUGCGAUAGGUGACAGUCCUCUGACGAGCGUGGAC